GCAGGAUGAGGGCGGCCAUUGCUGGGGCUCCGUCGCGGGGAGGAGGACGCUGAGCAGGCGCCGAGCCGCGCAGCACUGCGGGGGAGGUGCCCGCGCCGACGCGGGGCCCAUGGCCAGGACCACCAGCCAGCUGUAUGACGCUGUUCCCAUUCAGUCCAGUGUGGUAUUAUGUGCCUGCCCGUCUCCAUCAAUGGUGAGGACCCAGACUGAGUCCGGCUCUGCUCCUGGCAUUCCUAGCAGUGGCGGUAGGCAGGGCCCCACCAUGGACAGUACUACAGCUGAGUCCCGGCCAAGCACCAACCCCCUGCAGCACACUGCCCAGCCACCACAGCCUCGCAAGAAACGGCCCGAAGACUUCAAGUUUGGGAAAAUUCUUGGCGAGGGCUCUUUUUCAACAGUUGUCUUGGCCCGAGAACUGGCUACUUCCAGAGAAUAUGCUAUUAAAAUUCUGGAGAAGCGUCAUAUUAUAAAAGAGAACAAGGUCCCAUAUGUAACCAGAGAGCGAGAUGUGAUGUCACGCCUGGAUCACCCCUUCUUCGUUAAGCUUUACUUCACAUUUCAGGAUGAUGAAAAGCUGUAUUUUGGCCUUAGUUAUGCCAAAAAUGGAGAACUGCUUAAAUAUAUCCGCAAAAUCGGUUCAUUUGAUGAGACUUGUACCCGAUUUUACACAGCUGAGAUCGUGUCUGCUCUAGAGUAUUUGCACGGCAAGGGCAUCAUUCACAGGGACCUUAAACCAGAAAACAUUUUGUUAAAUGAAGACAUGCACAUCCAGAUCACAGAUUUUGGAACAGCAAAAGUUUUAACCCCAGAGAGCAAACAAGCCAGGGCCAACUCAUUUGUAGGAACAGCGCAGUAUGUUUCUCCAGAGCUGCUCACAGAGAAGUCGGCUUGUAAGAGUUCAGAUCUUUGGGCUCUUGGAUGCAUAAUAUACCAGCUUGUGGCAGGACUCCCACCAUUCCGAGCCGGAAAUGAAUAUCUUAUAUUUCAGAAGAUCAUUAAGUUGGAAUAUGACUUCCCAGAAAAAUUCUUCCCUAAGGCAAGAGACCUUGUGGAAAAACUCUUGGUUUUAGAUGCCACAAAGCGAUUAGGCUGUGAAGAGAUGGAAGGGUACGAACCUCUCAAAGCUCAUCCAUUCUUUGAGUCCAUCACAUGGGAGAAUCUGCACCAGCAGACACCUCCGAAGCUUACAGCUUACUUGCCAGCCAUGUCAGAGGACGACGAGGACUGCUAUGGCAAUUAUGACAAUCUCCUGAGCCAGUUUGGCUGCAUGCAGGUGUCCUCAUCUUCCUCCUCCCACUCCCUGUCUACGGCAGAUGCAGGCCUGCCCCACAGGUCAGGCAGCAACAUAGAGCAGUACAUCCACGAUUUGGACACUAACUCUUUUGAACUGGACUUGCAGUUUUCUGAAGAUGAGAAGAGGUUAUUAUUGGAGAAGCAAGCUGGUGGAAAUCCUUGGCACCAAUUUGUAGAAAAUAAUCUAAUACUAAAAAUGGGUCCAGUGGAUAAGCGAAAGGGUUUAUUUGCACGACGACGACAGCUGCUGCUUACAGAAGGGCCACAUCUAUAUUAUGUUGAUCCUGUCAACAAAGUUCUAAAAGGUGAAAUUCCAUGGUCACAAGAACUCCGACCAGAAGCCAAGAAUUUUAAAACUUUCUUUGUUCACACGCCUAACAGGACAUAUUACCUGAUGGAUCCAAGUGGGAAUGCUCACAAGUGGUGCAGAAAGAUCCAGGAGGUUUGGAGGCAGCGAUACCAGAGCCACCCAGAUGCUGCUGUGCAGUGACGUAGCCUGCGGCCGAGCUGCCCUUCGCUGCCAGGAUACCUGCCCCAGCGCGGCUCGGCCGCCACCCGGGACACUUCCAGACCACCUGCCAGCCAUCUCAAGGAGAAUGUGGACAGCGGAAACCUUCCAGCUUUUUUAUUUAAAAGAAAA